CAACAUCACCACAGUUAAGUUGUUCCAUGUCUUCAGCAACAUCACCACAGUUAAGUUGUUCCAUGUCUUCAACAACAUCACCACAGUUAAGUUGUUCCAUGUCUCCAGCAACAUCACCACAGUUAAGUUGUUCCAUGUCUUCAGCAACAUCAUCACAGUUAA